UUAAGGGGCUGGGCAUCCCUCCGGUCCUCUCCAGAGUCCAUUGAAGUUUCCGUGGAGCCUCCUCUGCCGGGCAGGAUACACCUCUCAAAUAAGACCCUCAAAUUGCUCCUUUUACCUCAAAUGCUCCUUUCUCUUGUGUCCUCCCCCUUCCCUUCUCUCUAACCUCUCUCCCCUCCUCCAAGAAUCAACCUCUCUCAGAGAAGUUGAGCAUAUUUGAGGUCUCCCACCCUUAACUGCUCCAUUCCCGGAUGGAGUCAGAGAAAUGUGGUGGGGGAGCCGGGGCCAGAGUUUCAACAUUUUCCCUCAGAAGGAGGAUCCAGAGAUGGGGCUCUCUGGACCAAAGUCUGUCCAGGGAAGCAGGAUGCUGGAACCCAGUAGACGUCAGCUUGGCAGUUGUCUGGCCUCUGGUUGCCUCCCAGGGGAGCAGAUCCUAGCAUGGGCCCCUGGACUGAGGAAAGGGCGGGAACCAGAAUUGCCUGGAACUCUGAUCUGCACCAAUUUUAGGGUCACCUUCCAACCUUGUGGAUGGCAGCGAAGUCAGGACACUCCCCUGAGCAGUGAAUAUGAUUUUGCCCUGGUCAACAUUGGGCGAUUAGAGGCUGUGAGUGGCUUGUCGCGUGUUCAGCUCCUCCGUCCAGGGUCCCAGCUUAAAUUCAUCCCUGAAGAGAUUCUGAUUCAUGGCCGAGACUUCCGGCUGCUCAGAGUUGGUUUUGAGGCUAGAGGGCUAGAGCCUCAGGCUUUUCAGGUAACCAUGGCCAUUGUUCAGGCGAGAGCUCAGAGUAGUGAAACCCAGCCAUCUGGAGGAAUAACCCUGAGCAAAGCUGGCAAAGCUUCUAGCUCUGGAAAACCACCUAUUCCUCUCUUGGAGACUUUAGAAGACUGGGAAACUGAGAGGAAGAAGCAGGGGGCCAGAGGCUGGAGAGUCAGCACGGUCAAUGAGAGGUUUGACGUAGCUACCAGCCUCUCUCGUUACUUCUGGGUCCCUAACCGAAUUCUGGAUAGUGAGGUCAGAAGAACAUUUGCUCACUUCCAUCAGGGCCGUGGACCGCGUUUGUCCUGGCAUCAUCCUUGGGGCAGUGACCUUCUCCGAAGUGGAGGCUUCUAUACAGCCAGUGACCCAAACAAAGAAGAUAUCAGAGCAGUGGAGUCCAUGUUGCAGGCUGGGCAUUCUGAUGUUGUUUUGGUAGAUACUACGGAUGAGAUGCCUAGUCUUGCCGAUAUCCAACUUGCCCACUUGAAACUGAGGGCCCUUUGUCUGCCUGACUCAUCUGUAGCUGAAGAUAAAUGGCUCUCAGCCUUGGAAGGAACACGAUGGUUGGAUUAUGUCAGGUCUUGUCUUCGAAAAGCCAGCGACAUCUCAGUAUUAGUGACAUCCCGGGUUCGAUCUGUAGUACUUCAAGAGCGCGGUGAUCGUGAUUUCAAUGGCCUCCUCUCUUCACUCGUCCAGCUGCUUUUGGCUCCUGAAGCCCGGACAUUAUUUGGUAUCCAAUCACUAGUGCAGAGAGAGUGGGUGGCGGCUGGACACCCCUUCCUGACCCGGCUUGGGGAAACUGGGACCAGUGAGGAGGCCCCAGUGUUUCUUCUGUUCCUCGACUGUGUCUGGCAACUCCUCCAGCAGUUUCCAGCUGAAUUUGAAUUCUCUGAGUUUUUUCUUCUUGCCCUGCAUGACAGUGUCAGGGUUCCUGACACUCUUACCUUUAUGAGAAACACUCCCUGGGAACGUGGAAAGAGGAGCGGACAGUUCAACUCCUACACACAAGUUUACACCUCUGGGUACUCCCAGCCUCCAGCUGGGAACUCUGUUAACUUACAGCUGUCUGUCUGGGACUGGGAUUUACGCUACAGCAAUGAGCAGAUGUUACAGUUCCAUAAUCCUGGCUAUGAUCCAGAACACUGCCCAAAUUCCUGGUUACCUAGACAGCAGCCAAGUUACAUGGUUCCUGGACCCCCCAGUUCUGUGUGGCUGUUCUCUAGAGGGGCCCUGACCCCCCUGAAUCAGCUCUGCCCUUGGCAAGACAGUCCCUCCCUGCUGGCAGUCCCUUCUCGUUGGCUCCCUCGACCUGCUGUCUCCUCUGAAAGCCUGGCUGACCAGGAGUGGGGGCUCCCCUCCCAUUGGGGAACUUGCCCUUUACCCCCUGGGUUACUGCUGCCUGGAUAUCUGGGACCUCAGAUUAGGCUCUGGAGACGCUGUUACCUGAGGGGAAGACCUGAAGUCCAGAUGGGCUGCUCAGCUCUUACAAUCACUGGCCUCCAGGAUGAGCUGUCUUAUCUUCAGGAGUUAUUAAGAAAAUGGACACCAAGAAUAUCUCCUGAGGAUCAAUAUAAGAAAAGAGAUACAAAUACCAUUCUCUCUCAAACCCGCUGAAAUUAACUAGCAUUUUCAAAGGCAGAAUAGAGGGGGAUCUGGGUGAGGGAGGGUUCUAGCUUUCAGUUUUUCCUAUCAGUCCUUAGUGCCUCAGCUUUCACAUUCCAGCGCUUAACAGAAGAAUUUCUGUAGCAGAUGUGGUGCUAAUCUCCUGCUUUGUUUGGCUCCUGAGGAUAUUUUUGUUUCUUGUGCUUUAAAGAAUUAAGAAACAAAACCAACUCAGAAUAUGAUUGCCUUUUUCCCCAGGCAAUUCCAUCCUUCUUGGAUAAUCAGUUUUUAAAC